AACGCGAGGAGGGACGGCAUAUCGCGAGCUGCCUUCGCCACCGGAACACCUGCUCGGCCGUUCCCCAGGGCUCAAGGGGGGGGACCUGUCUAGACCGUGCCGUGUUAUUUUAUUUUAACGUACAGAGGUCUUUUUAACAAGAUCCUUCUUUAUCCCGCAAAAUGGGCGUCCGGAACAAGCGGGCGUUGUGGGUGGUGUUUUUCGCGGCGUGGGCGUGCGCGUGUGGACACCAAGUGGAGGAUGAAAGUCAGUGGAGUCUCACGCCCGAACAAGUGGAUUGGUUCCAGAAGUUUCACGGGAACCCUGUAGAGCGAGCGGCUGAGGGCGUCCCGAAACUCCUGCUGGGGGAGCACUUGCCGCCGAGACAGAACAACAAAAAAUCGGACUUCUCGUGGCUAAAAGGCGUCUACCUGCCUUCGACCAACACCUCUAUCGUGAGUCCUGCCUGUGCUAGCGACGUAGAGAAUAUCUUAAGAGUAUUCGAGUCAGUUGCACUUCUGGGCAAAAUUAUGGAGGAGCUACAUUUCUGGCCGAUAUUGUUACCCGACUCCUGGGGUAAAGUGCCCGACGGCCUCAUCUACGGGAACUACCUCCUGUGGGGUAUGAUGGAGGAGUGCACAGGCCUGGACGUUCACGAGGACCUCGCCUGGCCGUGGAACUACAAUGUCACGUUUAAGGGUCGCUAUUGUCUGAUCUCUACGACUAUACAGAGUGCCAAGGAGGGCCAGCAGUUCGAGAGCGCCUCUGACCCCCGAAUGGCCAGCGCGCGGGUGGGCGUGUCUCUCACCAAACCGUUUACGCCCCCUCUCUUCCAGUACGGCACUUGCAUCCCGUCCAGCUGUACCAAGGAGGAUUUGGAGGCAAGUCUGAUGGAACGCCUAAGUCUGGCAGGAAAGGAAGUCAGGCACGUGGAUUGCAAAGCUGAAGAUGAUGUCAUUGAAUUCGACGCCGGAGAUAUUGCAUAUAUUGUGGUGAUCUCGAUACUGGGGGCGCUGCUGCUGGCCGGAGCUCUUGCCGAAUUCUUCAUGAGUCAGACUGAUUCACAGCACCUUCGGAAGGGCCCUCUGAAGUACCUGCUCGUCUUUUCGGCUUACUCCAACUUCAACAAAAUCUUCCACAUUAACACCAAGGAGAAUCCGGCUGUUAUUUCCUGCUUACAUGGUUUGAGAGUGCUGUCCAUGACCUGGGUGGUGUGGGGUCACGGCUACAUGUUCCUCAUCGGGGUCACGAAAAACAUCAUAGGAGCGCAAGUGCUAGUAGACGAAGUGAUAGAGCAAAUAAUAGGAAACGCCACUUUUAGCGUCGACUCCUUCUUCUUCAUGAGUGGUCUGCUCGUGGCUUACGGGGUCAUGAGAGAGCACAAGAGGGCAGGUCGGGUCAACUGGAUUAUGUAUUACGUUCACCGAUUUAUUAGGCUGGCCCCCCCGAUAGCCCUGACCGCCGGAGCCAUGGCCACCAUCUCCAAAUUCGCUCUCGUGGGUCCAUAUGGCCCGACUGUCGAGAGAGGGAUCGUGGAGAGUUGCAAAUCUUACUGGUGGGCUGACACGCUGUUCGUCGGGAACCUUCUGGAUCAAGGACAGAUGUGUCUGCCGCAGUGUUGGUACACGGGCGUCGACACACAGAUCUACAUCAUCUUGCCAUUCAUCUUCAUACCUCUUCUCUGGAAGCCUAAGAUUGGUCUUCCGUGGAUGGGCGUCAUGACCGUCGUUUCCUUCAUAAUACCAACGGUGAUCUUCGCUGUCUACGAUGCCGUGCCGGCCCUGUUCUUCGCGCGGCCGGAGGUGCAGAUGACGGAGUUCGUGGACACCUACGGCAAGCCUUGGUGCCGCGCCAACGCCUACCUCGUCGGCUGCUGGGCGGGGCUGCUCAUCUUCAAGGUGUCGGGCAAGAAAGUCACCAUGACUUGGUGGCAGGCCCUCCUCGGCUGGCUCUUAGCUGCACUGGUCGCCUGCCUCGUGAUCUUUGGCGUGGCGAACUACAACACAACCGAUGACCCAGAUCUCAUGCCGCCCGAAGUCAGCAUCAUCUACGGAGGCUUCAGUCGGGGGGCGUGGGCGCUGGCUCUCCUGUGGGUGGUCUUCGCCUGCCACACCGGCUAUGGAGGUCCCAUUAACACGUUCCUCUCGCACCCAUCCUGGCAGCCGCUGAGUCGCCUCACAUAUAGUAUGUUCCUCACUACAAUUCCCGUCCAGUUCAUCUACUCAGGCGCUGUGUUUUUACCGGUGUAUCUCGACCACCUGAAUAAAAUCAUUGAGACUUGCGGGUACCUGUUUAUCGGUGGGCUUCUGGCGGUGGUCCUGUCGCUGAUGACGGAAGGACCCGUCUUGGGGCUGGAGAAGCUACUCAUUCAUCGGCCAGGUCGAGGCGAAGAACCGAAGAAAGCGCAGUAACCAGUAAAGUCCAGCUUAUUAAACAUCUAAGAUGGCAGGCGAAACGUAGUCAUCAUAGAGCAUUAAUUCAAGUACAUAGCCUUAGUCAAAGAUUUUUUUUUUUUUUUUAGUUAAAUGAAUUAAAUGAACUGCAUUGGCCGCAUGAACGAAAAUCAGGAAUUCUAGAAAUACCAUUCGUCAUGGCAAAUUAAAACAUGAUCAGAUCAAUUAAGAUUUAGUUACUCUAGAUCCGACUGAAGAAUCAAGAGUUGAAAAAAAAAACGAAAA